AUGGCUUCAAAUAUGCUCAAAAUCCCCUUUCGGCGGUCCCACCCUGUCUCCCUCUCCGACUCUCUUGCGCAAUACAUCUCUUCCAAAUAUGACCAGCACCCAGACAUGUUUUCCGAGGACCUCCUGGUCAUCAGCCGUUUGCGCACCGAUGCCAUAAAUGUACAGGAACCACAUAUUAGCGGGAUCAGCAGGCUGGUCACGUACGCGGCGCAGUUGAAAUGGAUUGGGGGUAAAUUUCCAAUCGACGUUGGUGCCGACUUUGCAUGGUAUCCCGCUUUCGGCUUUAAUACCUCACGACCAGUAUCCCAGAAUAAUGUACGAUAUGAGUUGGUCAACAUUCUUUUCAACCUCGCUGCACUGCUGUCCCAGCUUGCCGUUUCACUACACCCGUCAGAUCCGAAUAACCUAAAAAUAGCAUGCAAGUAUUUUUGCCAGUCAGCCGGCGUUAUCUUACACCUACGUACCGAUAUUUUGCCUGAUCUUAGAAGCUCGCCGCCGGAAGAUAUGGAUGAAAUGACAUUGCGAAGUUUAGAAGAAUUAAUGCUUGCACAGGCCCAAGAAUGCUUUUGGCAAAGGGCCAUAAAAGACGGCCUGAAAGAUGCUUCAAUCGCCCGGCUUGCGGCCAAAGUAUCAGAUUUUUAUGCCAAUUCAGGUGAUUUUGCUGUGAAAUCAAACGCUAUAAGCACUGCAUGGAUUCAUCAUAUGACCGCUAAGCACCACCAUUUUGCCGCAGCUGCUCAGUAUAGACAAUCUUUGGAUUGCUUAGAGAAAAGAAAAUAUGGUGAGGAAGUUGCUCGGAUGAGGGACAGUCUCACAUGUGCCAAUGAAGCACUGAAAGAGGCUAAGUGGAUUAAUAAGGCCGUCCUUGGUGACCUGAAUACGCUCAAAGCCCGGGUGAGUGAGGAUUUGAAGCGGGCCGAGAAGGAUAAUGACAUGAUAUACCUAAACCCGGUGCCUCCAAAAUCAGAAUUGAAACUACUUGAUCGGGCUACAAUGGUUGCUGCCGAGGCUCCCAAGGAAGUCAUAGAAGCAUUGUCUAUGAUCGGUGAAGGAGCGCCACUUGGUCGGCCCUUGUUUGCUAAGUUGGUGCCAUAUGCGGUGCAUGUUGCUGCAAGCAUAUAUGCCGAUCGUCGAGAUCAACUUGUUAAUCAGACGAUAGGGGAGCUGGAGUCAAUGACACUGAGGCUCCGGGAUCUGCUUCAAUCAUUGAAUCUUCCAGGAUCUUUGCAGGCGCUCGAGAAACCGCUUGGUUUACCCCCAUCCCUAGUAUCACACGCGGAAGAGAUUCGACAGCAAGACGGCUUGAACCGUCUCUAUCGCUCCUUAGAGGAUACCUCCAAGCUCAAGGCUAACGAUAAGGCUAUUUACACAGAAGGAGUUGAACUUUUGAUGGCAGAAAAGGAAGAGGAUAACAGGGCGCGAACGAAAUACGGCACGGAUCGAUGGACGAGGCUUCCUUCAAAGCAGGCGGCAGAGAAGCUUUACACUAAGGUUCACGAGUUUGAUGGCUACUUGGCGUCUGCAGACAAGAGUGACAGUCUAGUUUAUAAGAAGCUACGGGAAUCGGAGCAUGUUCUUCGUGUAUUAACAGCAACGAAUAGAGAGUUGGAAGCGUACGUUCCGAGCAGCAGAAAAGCCACAGUCACCCCACAAGUAGAGCGAGAAUCAAAUCGGCUAAGAGGUUCAUUAAAUGACGUGACGAGAUUGGAGAAUCGACGCAAGCGCAAGAUUGAAGCAUUGAGAGAGAAGGCGAAGGCUGAUAAAAUCCAUUCAGCGCUUGUUAAGGAAACUUCCCGUCUCGAACGGGAGUAUCCAAUGCAGACUAUUGAGCCAGGCCAGUUUGAAGACCUCUUCGAGGAGCAUCUGCGUCUAUAUGACAGUGACCGUGAUAUGCUCAACGAAGAACAGAAGAACCAAACCCAGAUCGAAAACCAGAUUCGAGAAGCCAACAAAGCGUUCAUAAUGGCGAGAAAAGGUGACUCAUCUACUAAAGAACGCGAGAAAGCUUUGCAGGACUUGGGAAAUGGCUAUAUCAAGUAUAACGAGAUUAUAUCCAACAUUGAAGGGGGAAGGAAAUUUUACAAUGAUUUGGCGAAAUUGGUUAGCCGGUUUAGGGAAGAGUGCAAGAAGUUUGUGCAGCAGAGACGGAUGGAAGCCAGCCAGAUGGAGACUGACAUUGCCAACACCACUGCUAUGGCUUCCUUGAACAUAACCCAAGCCAGCCCACCCAUCCAACCGCAGCCUCCGUCACCGACAGCGCCGCAAUUUAAGAACGCCGUACCUUUCUCCCUGCCAAGGCAAGAGAAUAAUCCACCCUUCACAGCACCACAGCCUACACGCGCUCUGGCCCAAGCACAGCUACCUACCUUCCCUCCGCCUCAAACUCCAGCCUCAGCAGGAACAGGCACAUCACCUGCAUUUCCGACGCUUCCCUCUGCCGCAAUGUCAAGAAUGUGGUCUCCCGAAAUGGGGAUCAGAUUUGGUACGCCCACACAAAUGAGCUUGAACUCGCGAAUGUCCGGUCCUGGUUCCUCCGCCAAUGAGACUGCUGGUGGUGGCGGCGCUGCUGACGAGCGCCGGGUGUCUCCCGGAAAAUGGGAUCCCAAUCGUGGAUUGAGGUUCUCAUAG